AUGGUGCGAUUUCUUCGGUCCACAAUUUCUGAUUUCGAAACUCGCGAGGAACUGCAAAGGUUUCUCAUCAUAGAGAGAUUACUUGCUGUAUUGCACAUCCCGGCAUCAAUUUGCUUGGCUCUAGGUUCUCUCGCAGAGGUCGACGUCGUACCGUACGCCUCUGAAUGGCAACCAUGGCUCAUGCUAGCUGCCAGUUUGUUCCUGGUUAUCAGCAAUUCAAGGGAAGCCAACGAAUGCAUCCGAACAGUCUUUCUUCCUGCGCGACAGAAAGCCAUUUACAGCGACAGGGAAAAGGCAGAACCGAUUGUAGGAGGCCAGAUGCAUAUGUUUGCGGCCGUGAUGAUGGCGUUAGGGAGUCUAUCUCUUUUCAACUCAUGCCUAAUUGCACUCAGUGCCCCACAGGAGAAAGAAAACGUCUUGAGUAAAAGGCAGCAUGCCAUGGCCUUUUGCUUUUUCCUUGUGGGGUCCGCCGGGAACAACCUGGCAAUUGAGAAGGCCCCACGAGUCACUCAAUUCACUCGUGGAAUGCUCACUUUUCAGAAUGUCCUAUGCAGCGCUUCGUUUGGUAUCUCAGCUUUGCUUAUGCUCCCAUGCUUCAAACUCGUGCAAGGUGCCGUUUUUCAUCAGAAUGCCCUGACAGCUAGUACUGCAUUGGGAAGCUUCUUCGCGGUGCUCUCUGCGAUGAUGCACUAUUUCCACACAAUUGCUUUGGCAUGGGCGCACAUCGAAGUUUUCGAGAGGAAGAACUACGAAGAGGAAGUCAGAGAACAAGCUCUCGUCUCACGGGAACAAGAACCCAAGCCCGGAUACAUUCGUCGUUUUAGAGAUGCAUUUACAUCUGGAAAAUCAAUAUUCGGUCGGCAAGGAAAUCAGCAAUCACCUGCUGUAGACAAGAGAGAGAAGGGACCGUUAGGGCAUGUAGACGUCAGCUCAAGCGAUCUUGACGACGAUAUUUUAGGCCAUGAUGACUACGACGGCUCUUCAUUAAGCCUUACAGGCUCGCUGUCCGAGAGUUCACGCUGGUCUGGGAGUGAGCAACAUCCUAUUCAGUCGUCGGAAAGAGUCGAACCUGCGAAUUAGGUAGUUGAGUGCUCCCUUUAGAAUCGUAUGGGCUGUAUUCAAGUUGAGAUUUGAUCGAUAUCGUUCUCGGAACAAUACGGAUAUCUGCUUCCCGACUAUUGUAAUUGCCUGUCGGAACUGAGGCGCAUGCUGUCGUGUUCCGACAGGACUUGAGCUUGAUGACGUAUGAGCAGGGCCAAGUGUGAAAUCACAGGAACCCAGAAUGCGAGGUAGUGAUUAUAUGACGUGUUGUAGAUAUUUUUACAGCGUUUAGGCGAUGAACAAGAACAAACCUGUUUAAACAA